AUGCCAUCAGAGCACGCUCCUGAAAAUGCCGCCAACGGCAUGGACUUCGAUAGCAUCGACCUGGGCGAUGGCUCGGAUGCCCCAAAUAUCGAUCUCAAUUUUGACGGUACAGAUUCCAAGGCCGGUACCGGCUUUGGAGGAGAUAUAGGCUUUAACUGGGGUGCAACUAGUUGGGCCUUCUCGACUGAUAAGAAAGAUGACGCCGCUGUGGAUGAGGCUACCGACGCCAAUGAUAUCUGGAACUUUGAGGGUUCGACGAAGCCCGGUACUGGGUUCAAUUUCGGCUUCAACGCUGCAGUAGAGGGGAAAAACGAGGGAGAUGACUGGGGCUGGGGCACGGCGAUGUCUAAGAAAGACAAGAAAGAGAAGAAGGGAAGCUUUGAGCUUCUUAACAAGCCACCGCUACCGCCGCCUAAACCCGAACCUCUAGCCACUACAGACGCUACAGCGGAUGACAUCCGGGCACUCGGGAACAAACAGGAUAAUCAGAAAAAUGGUAAUGCUGAGCCGGAGCCCGUUAUCGUUCUUCCUGAACCUGAACCCGAACCAGUAUCCAAGAUAACGCCACUUGCUGAAGCCGCGUCGGAUGACGAGUGGGGCGGAUGGGGAACAGCUUCUUCGCGGAAGAAGAAAAAGAAGAAGAAGGGUAAGAAUGUGAAUCUCGAGCCGGAGCCUGAACCUAUGCCACCACCUCUUCCACCUCUUGCACCCGAACCUGCUGCCGAAGAUGACUGGGGUGGGUGGGGAACGGCUAAUUGGAAGAAAGACAAGAAAGAGAAGAUGGUCGAGCCUGGCCUACCGCUAGAGGACCCUUUCCUACCGUCGGAGGAGCCUUCCCUCGCUUCGGAUUUCCCGCCAAUUAUAGAGCCCACUUCUGAUCAACUUACUCUUGUGGACUCGACAGCAGCAGAAACAACACUAAUAGACACUCAAACCGAAGCGAUGACACUUGAGGGUCAGUUCUCCUUCCCAAACCCAGGGCCGUCCGAGCAAUAUCAUGAUACAGGAUACGACUAUGCAUCCGUCGUAUCUAAUGACGAAGACAUUGCUUCCAAGAGCGGGAGCAAUCGUUCGCACCAGGAGAUAGCGGCAGUCAAAGAACUCGGACACUUCUUUGCCGAAGUAGAGGACCUACGUCCGUUACAUCAGGAAUUGUUGGAGAAACUUGGUCCGGAGCGAUUUUCUGAGAACUACCGGAGAGUUCUGAAACUGUACUUCGUGAAAUUGCAGAGGGAGGCCAAAACCAUCGUCGAAAAGCAAACGGCGCUUGUUCUGAGAAAACGUUUUAACAGGUACACUAUUGGACAAAGGAUCGCUAACAUUAUGCAAACCACUAGCAAGGAUGAUUCGUCACAUCUGGAUCAACUUUCAUCACAGAAGGUCCAAAAGAGAAUUGGAGAUUGGCUUGCACAGCUAGGCAACACGGCGCCUCAGCAAAGCAUAGACGAGCAGAACGAUAGGACUAACGAAAGCAGCAAUGAGGCUGAAGAUGGAGAGCUUUUUGAAGAUAUCAGCAUCGCCAGUAUCGAACAGGCCAAAGCAUUUCUGCGGCGGGGAGAGCCUUUCCAGAAUCUAAUUCUUCAGCUGCGUCUCUUAACUCUUCCACUUUCUAUCCGAGAUGUACUCGACAUGGCGUCUAUGGGUUCGAUUGCCAUUUCCUCGACCAAUGAUAGUUCAUUGGUGAACAGGGCGAAGGCGUUCACGGAAGACUAUACUGGAGUGGAAUGGGAUUGGUGGCCUCUGAUGCCUCGAGUGCCGGAUGUUGGCCGAAAUAAAUUCCGGCUUCAGUGGGAGGUAGGUGCAGAGUCGUAUCUCAGCAUAUGGUGUUGA